AUGCGCACGACCAGCCUCCUGGAGGUGUUUGACGAGAGCGAGUAUAAGAACGAAUGCGACGCCGACACACGCGAGAAGAAGAAAAAGAGCGAAAACGAAGAAGAACUACAGAAGACGCCCGAGGCCGAGGGUUCAUCCACGUCCUCCUCGCAGGGGGAGGCAGUGGAGGAUAUCCAGGCGGAGCUCAUCGACGAAGUGAGCGCCCUGACCGCCAUCUCGGUACUGGACUUCAGGGACAUCUCCUGCGUCCACUUCGGCGCCAUGAUCCACAAGUCCCUGCGGCUCAUCGUCAGCUUCUGCCACCUGGCCGCCCACAGCUGCGACGUCGACGACCCAGCCGACCCGACCGAACGUGAAGCCGGCCACGACCCGAGGCAGGGGAAGGAGGAGGGUGCCGCGUUGCUGUUCGAGCUCAUGCAAUCGGCCAAGCAGAUGCUGAGCGUGGGCAUGUCGCUGCUGCAGAUCUUCAAGCAGCGGAGGGCGUGGACGGAAGUAGAAGAGCGCAGGCAGAACGCGUACGCGGCCAAGCAACAGGACGGAGUCGACGAGGAACGGCGACGCACCUUCCUCUUCAUCCUGCGCAGUGUCAUCAACGCGCUCAAGCGGUUCACGGCCUGGCGGCAGGGCCUUCUUCCAGCUGCCGCCCCAGUCGUCGGCCGUGAUCAAGUGGUCGAAGAGCGACCGGUAGAGAGCGACGUCCACCUCCUUGGGUCACCGAUCGAGGGUAGUGGACACGCAGCGGCGGAGGUCGAGCUCGACGGCGUGGGUCAGCUAGAAGCCGUGAUUCGAACCCUUGGCGAAGACGCCGCCAGCGACCAUGUGGCCACUGCGGCUGCCGAGCCAAAAAGAAAGUUCGACGAACAGCAAGCGGUGACCGAACUCCUGGACGACCACAUCAUCACCGGGCUACUGGGCGAGGUGGCGAAUCAGGAGGUGCCGCAUCUGGCCGAGGAGGUGAGGCGACCGCUGGCCGACGCCCCGGCAGCCGACAUGUUGCUCCACCAGGGCCAGGACCUCUGCCGGCUGGUAGACGUGCUGCGCGAGGCCUGCCAGACCGGCGCCGUGCCGUCGUGGCAGGACUUGGCCGGGCUGGUGCUGGUCCUUGUCCGCUCAUCGCGCGGCGUGGCCACCGCACUCUCGCAGGGGACGACAACGCGGCGUCGGCUGCUGGCGCUCGAGUGCGCGGUGGUGCGCCUCAUGGGUGAGGCGGUGCGCCACGCUCGUGGGAUGGCGGGGCUGAUGCAGAUCGCAGCGGCCGCGGCCCAGCAGCGCCACGAGGACCUGGUCGAGGGCUACCGCGCCGCCGUGCACGAAGUGCGCCACGGUCUGCGUCUGCGGCUGGGCGACCUGCUCUCCGCCGUCGGCCAACUCCUCACCGCCGUCCACCACGAGUUCUCCGCAAUUCGGCCCUAG